AUGUAUUUACGACCUUAUAGUUUUACUCGGAGCUGUUUAGCUCUAAGUAAACGUCUGUCCUGUGCCAAAAUCGUCGAUAGAUCUAUUUACGGAAAUUUCCUCAAAGACGAAACUGCAAUCGAUGGUCUAAAAAAAGUGUACAAUUCAAAGCUCCUCCCACUGGAAAAACAUUAUUUGUACAAUGAGUUCUAUGAGCCUUUUUUGACCGAUCAAGAUUUCGAUGCCAAGCCAAUGGUGUUAUUUGUUGGUCAAUAUUCAACCGGGAAAACGUCGAUGAUAAGAUAUCUUAUCGAAAAAGAUUAUCCAGGUAUUCGAAUCGGUCCAGAACCCACUACGGAUAGGUUCAUGGUGAUCAUGGGUGGUGACAAAGAACAAUCGAUACCUGGCAAUGUACUUGUGGCCGACCCAGCCAAGCAGUUUCAAGAUCUAUCUCGUUUUGGUAACCAUUUUCUGAAAAAACUUCAUUGUGGCGUUGUUAGCACUCCACUGCUGAAAUCAAUAAGCUUUGUGGAUACACCUGGCAUAUUGUCGGGAGAAAAGCAACGAGCACAACGCGAAUAUAAUUUCUACGACUCGUUGAACUGGUUUGCCGAUCGGUCGGAUAUGAUUAUACUGACUUUCGACGCCAACAAAUUGGAUAUAUCCGACGAAUUGAAAGCCGCUAUAGACGUGUUAAAAGUCCACGAUAGCAAGUUAAGAAUCGCCCUAAACAAAGCCGAUACAAUCGACGAACGAUCCUUGCUAAGAGUCCACGGUGCCCUAAUGUGGGCUCUAGGAAAAGCAAUUCAUUGUCCGGAAGUUCCCAGAGUUUAUGUCGGUUCGUUUUGGGACAAACCUUACAAAAACGACGUUAAUAGAAAAAUGUUCUGCGAAGAAGAAUAUGAUCUGUUCCAAGAUAUAAAAACGCUGCCACAUAAUUCGGUUAUUUCAAAGUUAAACUACAUAGGAAAAAGAGCAAAAACUGCAAUUAUACAUGCGUACAUAAUUGCUGAACUAAAUUCGCGUAUGACGUUCGUGAGCAGGUUUUGGUUCAAAGACAGCCAACAAAACAGACUGAUCGACGACCUAAAAGAAAUAUGCGUUGAUAUAUUCAAUAAACACAAACAUCUGAGUUGGGGUGAUUUUCCGGAUAUAGAAAAUUUGAAGUCACUUUUGAGGCAAAAAGACUUCAGCACCUUUAACGGUUUAAAUGACAAAUUAAUUAAACGUGCGCAAAACUUAUUAGACGGAAUGAACGUUGAAAUGACAACGAAUGAUGUAGAAGUGUUAAGUAACGUUAUUCCCAACGAUAAUGACACCACUACACCGUUUAACGUGAAAAAUGCAGGUAUUAACGAAGGACAGUUUGAUGGUAGUUGGAUUGUUGAACAAUAUAGAAAACCAUUUGAUGAAAUGUUUGAAAGACUAGAAAAAGUGAAUGGAAAAGUGGUUAGGACAGCGGCUAAAGAUGAAAUGCUCAAGACCAAAUUGCCUAAUUCAGUGUUGUCUAAAUUGUGGAAGUUAGCUGAUGUAGACGAGGAUGGACUUUUAGAUGUAGACGAAUUCGCAUUGGCAAUGUAUUUAAUUAAAAUAAAACUGGAAGGUUCAGAAAUACCAACAGAACUCCCCAAACACUUGAUACCGCCUUCAAAGCGUUAUCUUAAAUAUUUUUCUAUGGUAACUAACAAAUGA